CACCAAAACACUUGCAAUACCUUCCAAGUAACAAUUAAUUAAAUUAAUUAACUAGAAAUUCAAAUGGACAAAUUUGUAAACAUUUUCAGGCCCGACAAAACUAGCCAAUUGGCUAAUGAAAUGGACAAUUUGCCAAAUGCCCAUGGAAAUUCGAAAUUCAGGAACCACAAACAUAUGCAUAUAAUAAAAAGUAAAUGAAAAACAGAAAAACCUUGCGACAAUAAAAAACAAAGGAAAUUCAGAAAAACUUAGUACUUUCGGGUAGCUUCUCGGAACGGCCGACCCAAUGAAGCUUUCGGCGGGCCCGGCAGCGGCCAUCAUUGAGCUUAUUGGAAGUCAGAGGCAGCAGAGGAUUAAAGGCACGCGUCCUUUAAUGGUCAUGUGCGAAAUUCCAAGCGUCAAGAAAGGAUCAUAAACUCUGCAUGCACCUCCAAAGAUGUUAUUAGCUCCGAAAUAAUAACAGAUCAUCAUGCAACUCAAAACCAUGACAUUUCAUUAUAUUCUCCUGCUGCUGUUCGCAUUGCCACUGAUCAAAACGACAUCAAUAUCUCCACGAAAACAAGCAGAAUCGCUCAUCAAAUGGAAGGCUGGCUUUUCUCCAUCAUCAUCAUCGCCACCUUCGCUACUCCAUUCAUGGUCCCUCACCAACCUCAACAGCCUCUGCAACUGGACUGCCAUUGUCUGCACCAAAACCAGAACGGUCUCCGAAAUACAGCUCUCCGGCAUGGAAAUUAACGGAACACUGGCUCUUUUCGACUUUUCCCUAUUUCCAAAUCUCACCCACUUCAACCUGAGUGGCAACUAUUUCCGAGGGCCUAUACCAUCUGCCAUUGGAAAUCUCUCCGGCCUCAUAACUUUGGACUUGGGCAACAAAUUGUAUAAAGAGACUCAUAACCAAUUCUCUGGCCCAAUUCCGGACAGUAUAGGUUUGAUUUCUGGUCUUCAACAUAUUGACCUGAGUUGGAAUCUUCUGGAAGGGAAAAUUCCACCCUCUAUAGGCAAACUCAGGGAUCUCCAGUUCCUUGAUCUUUCAGACAACUCCUUAAACUCUUCUAUCCCUUCUGAGCUUGGUCUUUGCACAAACCUCACCUACUUAUCCUUGUCUUACAAUAAACUCAAUGGGGAACUGCCACUGUCCUUGUCCAAUUUGAAAAACCUCGUUCAAUUGGGUUUGUCUAAUAAUCUACUUAUUGGUCAAAUCCUUCCAUCUCUGGUCUCCAAUUGGACGAAAUUGGUUUAUUUGCACCUUCAUAAGAAUAGCUUCAGCGGAACCAUUUCAGCAGAAAUUGGGCAGUUGACACAAUUGCAGUAUCUAAGCCUUUAUUCCAACAAAUUCAGCGGAGAGAUUCCUCAGAGUCUAGGCAAUUUAUCUCAGCUUCAGAUACUCUAUUUGGACCAGAACCACUUGACAGGAGAGAUUCCUCAGAGUCUAGGCAAAUUGACUCUGCUUCAGGUACUCUAUUUGCCUUAUAACCACUUGACAGGAGAGAUUCCUCAGAGUCUAAGCAAAUUGACGCAGCUUCAGGGACUCUAUUUGUCCGAUAACCACUUGACAGGAGAGAUUCCUCAGAGUCUAAGCAAAUUGACUCAGCUUCAGGGAUUCUAUUUAUCCGAUAACCACUUGACAGGAGAGAUUCCUCACAGUCUAGGCAAUUUAUCGCGCCUUCAUAAACUCUAUUUGUUCGAUAACAACUUGACAGGAGAGAUUCCUCAGAGUCUAGGCAAAUUGACUCAGCUUCAGGAACUGUAUUUGUCCGAUAACCACUUGACAGGAGAGAUUCCUCAGAGUCUAGGCAAAUUGACUCAGCUUCAGGAACUGUAUUUGUCCGAUAACCACUUGACAGGAGAGAUUCCACAGAGUCUAGGCAAAUUGACUCAGCUUCAGCAACUCUAUUUGUCCGAUAACCACUUGACAGGAGAGAUUCCUCAGAGUCUAGGCAAUUUAUCUCGUCUUAAGAGACUCGAUUUGUCCGCUAACAACUUCACAGGAGUGAUCCCACGGAUUUCAGGUUUAACAGGUUUGGACUACUUGAAUCUCAGCAGCAAUUCACUAUCGGGUGCAAUACCAUCAGAAUUGCGCAUGCUCACAAAAUUAGACGUUUUCAAUGCCUCACACAAUCAUCUCUCAGGCGAAAUCCAAUCAGCAUUAGCUGACCUGUUGACUCUAAAUAUAAGUAUGUAUGACUUUUCGUAUAACAACUUAACAAGGUCAUUCCCAACUUGUGGCAUUUUCAAUAAGGUGUCAACAAGUGCUUUUGUUGGUAACUAUGGCUUGUGGAGUCAUGCAGAAAGACCAACUGAAUGUAAGUCUUCCAGUACAAAUUCCAAAAGUGCUAAGAAGAAUAUAGUAUCUAUUUUCCUUUAUUCCUUUCUGGGUUUCACAGUAGGUGCAAUUUCCAUUGCUGCUCUCUUUCUUAUGUUUCGUAAGAGGUCCACGAUCCGGCCUCAGGUAAUCAAAACUUCUCAAAACUUCGAGAGUUUUGAAGCAAUGAUAUUGCAAGAGGAAGUAAAAUUUACGUUUGCAGAAGUUGUGAAGGCUGUAGAUGACUUUCAUGAGAAAUACUGCAUUGGCAAAGGAGGUUUUGGAAAGGUUUACAAGGCAGAGCUCCAAUCAGGCCAAGUUGUUGCAGUUAAGAGGCUUAACACGGACGACUCUAAUGACGUUCCAGCGAUCAAUCUUCAAAGUUUUCAGAAUGAAAUCCGAACUUUGACAACUAUCCGGCAUCGAAACGUCAUAAGGCUAUAUGGCUUCUCUACAAGGAAGGGUUGCAUAUUCUUGCUUUAUGAAUACUUAGAGAGAGGUAGCCUCGGAAAAGCAUUGUGUGGGGUAGAAGGGGUUACUGAACUUCGCUGGCAAACAAGGGUUAAAAUUGUGAAAGGACUUGCUCGUGCACUUUCUUACCUGCACCAUGACUGCUCACCACCAAUUGUGCAUCGUGAUGUAACUGUCAACAAUGUAUUGCUCGAGCAGGAUUUCGAGCCUCGACUCUCAGAUUUUGGAACAGCAAAACUGUUGAGUAUUGAUUCAUCCAACUGGACCAACAUUGUUGGUUCGCUAGGAUACAUGGCCCCAGAGCUCGCAUAUAUUAUGCAGGUGACGGACAAGUGUGAUGUUUAUAGCUUCGGAGUGGUGGCACUAGAAGUCAUGAUGGGAAGGCACCCUGGGGAUAUGUUGGAGUCCCAACUAUCAGAAUCAUCAACGUCAAUGAAAGGAAAUGCAGGCUUGCUUCUAAAAGAUGUGUUAGAUCAACGACUAGAGCCUCCAGCCAAUGAAUUGGCAAAGGCAGUGGUGCUUGUAAUGAGUAUAGCAUUGGCUUGUAUACGAACGUGUCCCAGGUUGCGUCCGACAAUGCAUUUUGUGUCACAGAAUCUAUCUGCUCAGAGUUUUCCUUGCCUUCCUGAGCCAUUUGGUAUGCUUACCAUCAACAAGCUAUUGGCCCUGCAAAACUAGAAGAAAAUAGAGAACAUGCAGCUCCAACUUCACAUUAGAAUUCUUGCUACGAGCAGUCUAUCAAAUAAGGAAAAGUUAUGGAAUUUUAUUUUAUUUUAUAAUUUUUUUUCUUAAUGUUGACAACAAACUUCUUAAACAUGUAAUUGAUAUCUGCACCACCCUGAUUACUACAGAGUGUUGCAAAUUGUGUUUAGUAAUGUGGAAUUCGUACUUGCAUAAAUAACCAAUUACACACAAGUGUUCUGUUGAGAUACUUUCUUUUUUGGUUUGAUUUUCCUAUUUGUCGUAAUUGAUAUUGUGAUUGUAAUUAUCUCUAUCAACGAUUUACAUAGCAGUAGUUUAGGGACCACUAGAAAAUGUGUCCACGCUUCGCUGCGGGGGUUGAAUGUAUUAGUCGGAACAUGCAUGAAUAGUUUCUACACAAAGUAACUGAAAUGACAGUACAGUACCUAAGAACCAAUUAAGUGAUACUUUGCUUGCUAUACAUGGAUAUGCGUACUAUAAGAAACAUUCAUUUGCAGAUCAUAGUGUGUCAUCAAUAUUAUACCCAUAGUUUCAAGUAAUCACCCACUGCCCCAACGAUGCUCCUGUAGAGACUAGGAUCCAAAACAGAAGAAUACCAUGAUUUAACAACUUAUGAUUUGGAUGACAAGGAGUGAGGCAGCGCAUGCAAUGAAGCAUAUCAGUUUUGUGCAGAAGAUCUGCAAUAUACUAGGACUGAUGAACAAAGAUACCUUGAUGAAAAUCACAAAAGGAAAAUAGAAAAGUAGAAGACACAAUACUUGAGCAUUUGGCAGGAAUAGCAAGCUCAUGAAAAAAUUGCUUAACCAUCUUAUAAAUUCAAUUGUCAAACAUUAUAAUGUUAACCCCAGACAAAGAUAAAGCACAUAGUUUGUUUACAAAUCAAAACGAAGUGCUACCAUAAUGUGCAACUGAAAAAACGCUUCUUAAUGCGCCUUGCAAGAAAUGAAUGCAGUUCGAAAACACCCCAGAAAUCUUUACCACCCCAAUCUUACUAAAUAGAAGCAUAAAUGGACAGGAUCCCUCCUCAAUUUUGUAAUAGAAAUUCUAACAAAGAAUAUCAGGCUCCAAGGGCCUUCAUUUAUCUUUGGCAAAAAUAUGUACACUGCAAGUUUAGUUCAAACGAAACAAAUACGCGUGUAAAGUAAAAGGUAUCAACGCUACAUGCAUUGCUUUACAACCAUCUCAAGUUGUUGACACAACGCUUAAAAUAUUUGAGACUCAAAUUUUCAUACAAACAGAACACCUCACCUAAACAAUAACAGAAGUUAUGGUAUCUGAAUUUAGCAGGCAGACGCUUUGCAAAGCUUUCUCCAAUAUCAUCUCAUAUUCCCUUUUCAUCUUUCCUAUAUGAUACAGUAAACCAUUCAAAUUCAGACGUAAAUAAGACAAUCUGCCACACUGUACUAUUACAGUUGCUAGUCCUGAACAAUAAUGCAAGUGCAACUGCUCUUAAUCGAGAACUUCAUCAAAUAAACAAUAAUAAAAUCUAAUGUAACCUGUCAAAAAUCCAAAAAAAUAAAACAAAGUGAUCAUUUGAAGGCACCGUAAUGCCUUUUAGCCAUCGUACACUUGCAGCAUGUAAUUGAUGCAUCUGUUGUUCAAUGCAAUCAUUUGCUUGGCUAAAAAAGUUAAAAUACAAUGAUAUCCAAUUUAUGAGUAAUCAUGCAGAAGCAAAUGUAAAUGAUAAUGGAAUCAUGAAUGCGAAUGAGACACAAACUUGCCAAAAAGAAAACCUAUUAUAGCGUGCAAAGAUACUCUCAUCAUAUUUUUUUAUUGCAUCAUCCAUUUCGCAACAGAUUUAAAAAAGUCUGUUUGAAAAAGCUUUUUGCUAUAUGAUUUGGUUUUGCGAAAAAUAAUACGAAAAAAAAUAAAGAAACAAUUAUCGAAAAGACAGAAUAAUGGCCUAGUAAUGGCAAAAAACACUCCUCAACAAAGCACACGAACAUGUGAGUUGAAAUUUUGAAACAUUCGACAACAAAAGGAAAGAAGCAAAGUUAGAAGAAAAGAAAGAGAUGCUCACUUAAAAAGAAAGAAGAAACAAUACCAGGCUUCUUCUCUUCAGCAUCCAGAAUUCCAUCGCCCCCUCCUUCAACCUUAAAACAUAUUUAAAAUACAAAAUGGAAAAAACCUAGAAGAAAUCAUCCCAUAGAAUUAAAUCAUCCAAGUAAAAUUAGACCAUGGACACAAAAAGAAAUGAAGGCAGUUUAAUCUGACUUAAUCAGUG